AUGGGUGGACAUUGCGCAGACAUGUACUUCCAAGAGCUAAACAUUACGGGAGCCUGGGCGGAGGCGAAGCGCAUGGGCGGCCUGCGCUUCCGCGCUGGCGCCGCGCCUCGGGAGAAGCCCACGUGGUCAUAUUUUGGGAAGGUGGGCGUGAAGGUGAUCCAUGGGCUCACGCAGCAUGGGAUCGCGUACCUGAAUUUCUAUGUCAGGGACCUGGGGGGCGCGGGGUUCGCGGUCGGGGGGCUGCUGGGAGAGGACGACCACACGGAGGCGGCGAGGCCCGCGGAGUCGUGCAGCAGGCGCCUGUCGCUGCUGCAGGUUGCGGCCGUCGGCGGUCAGCCCGCGCGCGAGUUCUCGGUUGCAGAGGCGAGUUUCCAUGGCGAUGUGUGA